UGGAUAGCAACCAAACACUAGAGAAAUUCCAGGCAUUGGGAUUUCCCUUUUUUUCCUUCCUUCACGGAUAGCGGAAAAAAAUAUGUAACGAAGACUUUCGACUGGAAGUAAAACUAGUGGUGCGCGGAGAAUCCACUGGGAGCACCGCAAAAUGGAAGUCGGUAAAGAAACUGCUGCUGUAAAUGCUCUUUGCAUGAAUGGGGGAGAUAAAGAAAUUAGUUAUGCCAAUAAUUCUCUCUUCCAGAAAACAGUGAUUGUGAAGACGAGGAGAGUCCUAGAAGAUACUAUCAAAGACCUGUUGAGCAAUGUUUUUCCAACUUGUGUUAAGGUGGCAGACUUUGGUUGUUCUUCAGGGCCCAACACCUUCUUAACAAUCUCUGAAAUUGUUGACACUGUUCACGAGAUUUGCCGACAAGCACAGUUGAAAUCCCCCGAGUUUCAAGUGUUUCUAAAUGAUCUGCCAGGAAAUGACUUCAAUGCCAUUUUCAGGUCUGUUCCUGCUUUCCUUGAUGAACUUAAGAGAGAAAAGGGAGAUCUCUUUGGACAUUGUACAAUAUCAGGAGUACCAGGAUCCUUUUAUGGAAGACUUUUUCCAAGUAGAAGUCUACAUCUUAUACAUUCUUCAAACAGUGUUCACUGGCUAUCAAAGGUCCCAGAUGGAGUUGAGAACAAGUGGAAUAUAUACAUGGCAAAAUCAAGUCCUCCCCAUGUAUUUAAAGCUUAUGCAAAGCAAUUUCAGGAGGACUUCUCAUUGUUUUUAAGAAUGCGAUCAGAAGAAAUAAAACCUCGAGGGCAUAUGGUCCUUACCUUAAUGGGUAGGAGAAACCCAGACCCUUCCACCGAGUUUUAUGGUUGGGAAUUGCUAGCAACAUCACUUUGUGAGUUGGUGGAAGAGGGACUUGUGAAAGAGGCUGAUUUGGAUUCAUUCAACCUUCCUCUGUACACACCCUAUAAGGAAGAAGUAAGGGAGAUUAUUCAAGAGGAGGGAUCCUUCGAACUUGACAGGCUAGAAGUUUUCGAAGUCAAUUGGGACACAAAAGAAGAUACCAACAACAAUGGCUCUGUGUUGGACAAGUAUGAAAGGGGGCAAAAGCUUGCAAAUAUUACAAGAGCUGUUACAGAGCACUUGCUUGCUUGUCAUUUUGGAGAUGCUAUAAUUGAUAGGUUAUUUACAAGGUUAGCACUACAUGAGGCAGAGAAUCUUGAUUCCAAUGAUGAAAAGGUGGUUAAUUUUGUGGUUUCAAUGACAAAGAAGUAGACAGCAAAUAUUCAUAUGCUUUAGCUUUAGUUUGAAAAGGCAACUCUACUGUAUUAUCUACCUGAAUACCUUAUAGAAUUAAGUUAGCUCUGUUGAACGU